AUUCUAAACAAAAUUUCUAAUGCGCAUAUACUACUGUUAGAUUUAUAUAAAAUACUUAAGACAAAAAGAAAUAUAAAACGACUGAGGUUACGUUCAUUAAACAACAAUGUCAGUACAUGAUCGACAACAUGCGGGAAGCGAUGGGGAAAUCAAUCUGAGCGUUGAAAACAGGAAACUACUUACUGAAAUAGAGAAUCUUUGUAGUAACACAAGGAGAAAAGUAGAAAAUGUGUUGUUAAUAGGAAAAGUUGGUGCUGGCAAGAGUUCUCUAAUCAAUUCUGUCAGGAAAGCAUUGACCGGUCAAUACAUUCCAAAAGCUCCAGCUGGAAAAGGGUCGUCUUCGUCGAAGACUAAAGCUUUAGAAAGGUUUGAAAGAUGUGGUGUAGAAGAGGAUGACUUAAUACAUGACAGAGACCGGUACAUGAAAAUAUCUCACGUGCCGACGAUAUUUGAUUUCCCUGGAUUAGGUGAUACAGAAUUCGAAGGUUUAGAAGAAAUACUUGAUCUGAUAAUCAAAGGUGAUGUGGCGCCAUAUACGAGUCUAAGAUAUUUGAUAGAAUCUCAAAACAAAACAAAGAAUGACCAUGAAAAAGAAUGUGAAUUAAAACAGCCUUACCCUAACAGUAAAAUCUCUACAAUUUUGUUUGUGCAAAGCUGCCGUGAAUCAGCACCAAAGAAUUUGAUUUCGUGUCUUCAGAAAGUCCUCGACAAAUCUGGCCCCGACGGAAAACUCUUAUACACUGGAAAAGUACAUGUAGUAAUGACGAAGUUUGACCUGGUGAAUCACCAGGACAAUAGUGAUGAUGAAACCACCGAAAUGAUAUCGGAAGAUAACUAUAUGGAUAUAGAAAACGAUAUGGCUGAUCUUUUCAAUAUCGAUGGAAAUCGACAAGACAACCUUACUAAAUGGACAAGCUAUUCAGAUCGUUUGGACGCUGAGCGUGAUAACCCAGCCGUAGACAACAGUGCUCUUAAAUUGAUUAAAAUGAUAAUGACACAUGGUACUCAGGCGGAACUCAUGCCCGCGAAACCCAUGCCGGCGAAACCUAUGCCCGCGAAACCCAUGCCGGCGAAAGAUGAUUCUUGUCAGAUUUUGUGACUUAUCAUCUACAGAAGCUAUUUAGUUUUUGUAAAGAAAGUAGGCUAUUAAUACUUGUUUUACAAGAUGUAUGUAGUCAGUUGAGCUCAAGAAGCCAGCAUUUUAGAGUGCACGUUUGCAAAAUGCAACAGCAAACUGAUUGAAAUAUAUAAGAUUAACAUGAAGAUUGUUUCAAGCUUUUGAUUGAUUUAAAGGAAAAUAUUGCACAUUGCUACGGUUGAUUAUGCCCUUGAUUUUUUCGACUGAUAUAAAGCGUCACGUACAUAUACUGUUUGUUUACGGCUUCGUUUAACUGUGAAGAACAAACAUAACUGCACAGUAACGAUUCUUAUAAUUAACAAAACUUAUUUGAUCAAACAAAUGCAUAUAUUAUUAUGUGAAUUUGAUAUGAACAUAUAGUUUUAAUUUUGUGAUUGUCAUUCAAAGAUAAACGAUAUUUUUAAAUAAAUGAUUGUUCUUCCAAGAUAAACACUGAUACGUGUUUCUUAGAUGCAAAUGAAAAUAUUUUUAUCCUAUUAUCGGAAGAAUAUGACAUACCUGUGAUAAACCUCAACUAAAUACAUGUAUUGUAAAAAAGAACAUAAUAUAUUUAUAUGUAAGGGAUUUUUGACUUUGCUUAGGGUCAAUCCCGAAUAUGCAUUGUAUAGAUAAUCCCGUUAACAUCGAUUCAUUCAGUACCUAUAUAUUUGAAUAAGCUGUAUAGUAAGCGACAUAUUUUAUGUACUCCUCACAAACAAAACUUUUUAUUUGAAAUAUAUAGAUUUUGUCUUGGAUAUUUUUUACAAAAUAAAACUAGAAUCAAUGGAAUUACUUAACAUUUGAAUUGCCUUUUUUCAGUGUUAUUUCUAAUUUAUAUAGGUUUGCAUUACUGUUGGUCUAAAUAAUUGCAGAGGAUCAUGAGUAGUUAGUAGUCUUACUUAAUGGUUUGAAAUAGAUUGACGAUCCUUGGCAGAAACACAUAACGUGGCAGAAUAAUCUGAAGCAGGGUUAAGGCAGGCCAUAUUUCGCUUAGAGAUGCAUCGGUGAUCAGUUAUUGCUGACUAAUGAGAGUAACUUUUCAUUGACAGAUAUGUUAGCCGAGAUUACAGAUAUCACUUAAUGGAGUAACCAUGUGCCUUCUUAUGUAUUCUAUAUGUAUUUUAUAUGUAUUUUAUCAAUAAUGUUUUAAUUCUUUUUGAACGCCUUACGAGUAAUAUACACUUAUCAAACGGGGUAGUAUUUAAUGCAGAUAUUUCUGAAUUCCAAAUUUUACCAUUUCUUGUUUAACUGUUGAAUUCUGCUUAUGCCGGUGCGAGGGGCCAUGAAAGGUAGUUUGCACUUGACUGUACCGUCUAUAACAGGCUCAAUUGGACUUUCUCUAUGGAUUCUUAUUUUCUCUAUUUUACUGGCGAUUACAUGAUAUAAAUGUACCCAAGAUUUAAGAAAAUGGGACCAUCUCAUUGGUUCUGUAAUAAAGUACAAUAUAUUUAACUGUACCAACCUAGAUGCUUAGGAUUUCUGUGACAACAACUAUUUGCUAGGCUUUAAAAUCUGUCCGCAGCCUUUUUGGCAUUUUCCAAAAUAUUAUUUCUUCAAUGUUUAUGUUUCUCUACAAAAUAACUCAGAAUCAUUUUAGGGUUUCGGUUCGGGUUAUGGGUUAGUGUUAAGGCUAGAUGGUAUUGGAUUAAAAUUUUUAAACAUAGUUUUGCUGAAGAGAUUGUAAAAGUGCUCCCUAUUAUUUCAUUGACUUCAGAGUCCUGUCCUGUUUUUCUUUGGGGUCCUCCUAGGCUCUCUGCCGCUGGUAGGUAGAUUUGUAUUCAAAGUAGAAGGUAAAGAAUAAGACACAAGUGUACAAUCAUGUAAAUUGUGUGUUUAGUUAUGUUCUAGUUAUUCAAAUGGUUUUAAUUCUGACAUGUGCCUACGUCAAGGAGAGAUAACCGAUCCCAUUUUUAUUCUCUUUAUUUGUUACAAAUUUUAAACUUUGUUACAAGACAAUCCUGAAACAUGUUUUUGGAUUUCAGGCUUGUCUUUUAACCCACCCCUUACAUACAAUCAAUGUUGUUAUAUUUUCAUUCACAAUUGAUUGUUCGGCGUUCAUUGUUCGUUGCCCCCCUUUUAAGUCCUGCCUAUAUUUCCAAUUUAUUAUAUAACCAUUGUAAGAAAUUCUCUUUGCGGGAAUUAAUUUUAUUUUCACUGUCGUGUCAAAUAAGAAUAUAUUGUGGCUAAUAAUGAGAUUUGACGCGCCUAAAACAGGUUUAAAUUUCCUAGUGUUAUAACAACAACUGACCAAUCUAAGGCGGUACCCCUCUGUGUUUUUUUUCUCUCGCAUGUUGCACGUAUCUGCAUUAUUACUUGUUUUAAAUUUUUGCAUGAUUUGUGAUAUCUACCUUACUAAAUUGUCGUUAACGGUAGGUAUUUGCUCACCCCAACCCAUUUUUGAAACCCCUUUUCAUGCUUAUGGCCCUUGUCCUCUUAAUUCCCAUAUGGGCCCGUUAUAGUUUCUAUUACUUUACACAUUACGUGUCCGUCUCCUUUCGCCGCCCUUAUGACCACGCCGGGGUUUUGGCUUGGCAACUUCUAGUUUUUCUGCUGUGGUAGCUCGAGUGUGUAGGGGCUGCGUCAUUUGAACGUUGCCUUUGCCUUGUUGAUCUUUAUUGUCGUAUUAACCUUUGAUAGCGUUAUUUAAUUUUAUUACUUUUUGCUGAUGAUGUGGCCGUCGUUGACAAGCCACCAUGAGAAUUUUAAAAUAAUCAAAUUCUGAUAUACUGUGGGACUCAUGGUAUCACUAAAACGGAGGACUUCUUCCUGAAUGGCUAAAUCUUAAAUGUUGUAAACGAUUUUAAUUUAUUUAUGUACGUUUUUGUUACUUUACUGUAACUUCACACUUAAUCAGGAACAUUAGAUAAGAAAGCCUUAAAAUAUCUAAAUGUUUUCUUAAAAACAUUAUGGUUUUCUUUCAUUUAAAACCAUAAUAUGAUGACACUCAUUUGAUGCCUUUGUUGGCUCUAUUGUAGGAUAUGGAUAAUUUGGGGUUAUACAAGAACUAAGGAAUUAAAAAGUUUGCAAACUUAUUAUAUGUAAUAACAAAUAAUUGUUUCCCUGCUGUAUUACGAAUAAGAAAAAUCCGUUUUACAAGUCAUGCAGUCUCGAUGUGUCAGAAUUAUAAAAUUGUGAUGCCAUUUGAAAAACUCAGUCAAUUUCAAUAUAAAUACAGUGUAUUGAUUGUGUAACUAAAUGUAAAAGAUUGUAAAAAUGGUAGUCAAAAGUGAAAAAGUCCUUUUAAAGUAAAACAGGAAUGGUUGCCACAUUUAACAUUCAUUUUAUAUCUUUUGUUUAAAAAUUAUACAAAUAUUUGCAUAUAGAUGCUCAGUUUUUAACAAAAAAAAUUGUUUUUCUUGCAGAAAAUAAAAAAGUGAAUACCGCUUUAGCAUUAAUAAUGUAUGAUAAAGCAUAUAGGAUAAUUCAUAUUAUGCAUGCAAUAUGUACUUUUUAACAACAACUAUAACAUUCCUCUUGAAGAUGGAUAUUGUUAGCGCUGUAACAUUUAAGAUUUAGAGAAGGAGUAUUAUUUUUCUUAUUUAUAUUUUCAAAGGUGAUUAUUGUAACAGACCAUUUAAGAAUUGAAUUACUUUGUAUUCAUAAUAGAUGUAUAUUAAUUAAUGUAAGAAAAUAAAUAAAGGAACUUUGAAACUAAAAUAUUAUAUAAACCCUCAAUUGUAGUUUGUCCUCAUAGAAAAUUUGUACCUUUUUAUUAUGAGCUUUAUAUUUAUUGUAAACACCUUCAACCCACAUAAUUAUUAAGUUUUGUUGUAUAUAUAUGUAUUCGUUGUUUUUCAACAAGGUGAUGUACAUUUAUAUUUGUAUGAAAAAUAAACUAAAUAUUGGGAAAAAUUUAUAAAAUUAAAAGUACAAUAGAUGUAAUGGUUUUAAUUGGAUAGUUAUAGAAAUGAUGACUUAACAAACAUGUUUUAAACUUGCAUCGGCCUGUUUUAAUGCAAUGAAUACAAUUUUGUUUUCUAUUUGCUUCUUUUCUGAAAUAAA